CGAGAAGUCGGAGAUGAUGUGUUUGAGACCACCACAAUCGCUAUCAUGGAUUCAGGAGAUAAUCUGACAUGGUACAACGUAGGCUUGGCCUUUUCCUUCAUCCUUCUCAAUGCGGUCAUAUCUAAAAUAUUCAACCUGAGAAUUGGUGUUUCUCUGGUGACAGCUGCGGUGCGCUGUGUAGUACAGCUAGCAUUCGUUGCUACCCUCCUACAAAGUGUAUUCGAGACGGAUAAUCCAUGGGCAGUUGCGGGAAUAGCCUUCUUGCUUAAUGUGAUGGGAACCUUUGAAACAGUGGUUAAUAAGGCGAAGCGCCGUCAUGAACGAAUGUUCCGAUCUGUAUUAUUCGGCUUUAUCGGCUCUACGAUCCCUGUGUCGAUUAUCGGAGGUCGGUAUGCCAUGUCCGUGGAACCCUUUUGGACCCCGUCGCAAUACAUCCCAAUUGUUGGAAUGAUGUGCGGAAGCACUAUAUCCGGGGUCGUUAUCUCCCUUAACUACGUUCUAAAAGAGUUACAGGAAAAUCGCGACAAGGUAGAGAUCUACCUCGCCUUUGGGGCAUCCAGAAUGGAAGCCUGCAAACCAAUUGCCGUAGACGCCCUCAUUAUGGCACUUACACCUCCCAUCAAUCAAAUGAGUGUCCUCGGAAUAAUCUCAAUACCAGGGAUGAUGACUGGUGCCAUCCUUGGUGGUUCGUCUGUUCAGCAGGCGGCAAAGAUGCAGAUGAUAAUCAUGUUCAUGAUUUCUGCAAGCACGGCCCUCGCAUCUAUUUUUACCAUCGCAUAUGCUAUAAGCGUUGUGGUGGAUGAAGAGCACCGGAUUCGAACGGAUCGCAUCAAUUCCAAACCACUGGCGUUAUGGAAAGCCAGGUCGGCCCUUAUCGAAUAUAUAAAUGCGUCUGUCCAACGCGGCUAUCUGUGGGCGAGCCGUUGGAGGAGUCACAUUGGAGAUACCGUCCAAGGAGAAGGCGAUGUGCUAUUGGAGACGAGGUGAAAAGAAACACGAUCAAGGACGAGAUCUUUGUCAGUGACACUGAACACGCACGGGCUAACCAUGGUAUAAUCUACACAGUAUCACUAGUAUAAACGCCAAAACUCUUAGUGGGAAAUUGUGGUAUCUAACCCUAAAUCUUACAUAUCUACCUCCUCGACCACGGUGUAGGACUCUCUGCUACUUGCCCCAGCUCUUCCGUCAACCCGCCUGUAUCGCCAUCUCUAAAUAGUUGAUUUCCAUGC